CCUUGAGUAAAAAUGUAUCUGCACAUGGAAUGAUCUCCAUGGAAGCAGAAGAAAGUCAUUGGAGUGAUGCAAUUCCAUAAUUCAACGCCGGAGGGUGUUUUUAUUUCUGGUGGACCGAUGGCUGUGAUACAAUCAUUGGGGUCAAAUCCAGCUGCUGCCAACUUGAGGUUGGCAGUAGCUUCAUCGUCAAUAAUUGGGAGUCUAAUGUUGCUGUUGCUAGCAUCAGUACGCUGUCGUUUUGCUUGCGGUUCGAGCGGCAAAGACAUGAUGUUGAUCUCACGAAGAAGGAAGCGAUAAUAAUGGAUUUCUUUACUGUAUUGUGGUUCCGAUACCCCUCCAAAAUUGUUUUAGGCGCGAAGGAAUUUAGGGUCCAUUGCAAAAGGGGGUCAUGGGGAUCACACAAGCCCCCUAACUUAGUUAAACAAUACAAUAAUAAUGCGACGAUGGUCUGCCGACCUCGAAAAUAAACUGUCACAUUUUGGCCCAAACUUCAAUAAAGAAUUUGACCAUGGUGCAACCAUCCGAUGCUUCCUCGUCACGCCUUUCUGCGGCAUCUUCGCGCCCAUCCCAAGUCAGCAUCGGUGGUGAAGACUUGCCACCGUCUUCGUCUUGGUACACCAAUGUUUCUCAUGGCAAGCAAUCUGGCAGUCUCUUGUUGAACGAAGAAGCCGUGCAUUUCUACACCGACAAUGGCUUGCAGUCGGUGUCGUUGAAAUGGUCCAACAUUCAACGCAUCAAGGCCAAUGCCGUGGGAAGCAGUGCUAGAUCCCUUCUCAAGGUGACCAUCAACAAAGAAGAUGGCAACAACAACAAUGAUAGUUUUACAUUUCAAUUUGAGACUCGAGAUGAACUCGACAAAGCUCGUAAUGACAUGAAAACUCGAUGGAAGGUAUCGCAAGGUGGCCAGGUGGCACGAGAGAACAAUACAAUGUCAUCGGAUAUUCAACACGAAGAACUAGAAGUCUUUGAAGACGAAGACGAAACCGUAUCGCUUCUACCAGAAAGCACGCCAAACAACAAUCGACGCCACAUGCCUCGUCGCAGCAAGGCUCGAUCGGAACGCAACCUUUUGGACGUCAAUCGAGAACGCAGCCAUACAAAGGAAAGGCGUCGGGCAAGUGACAGCAUGGCUCAAUACAGAGAUGUUCCUCAAACCCUCCUGGUUGCACCGCCCAUGGCCAAUCCACAUCAUCACGACAACCGCUAUCUCUGGGAGUCUCGGAAACCAGAUCCUUCUGUAUCCAGCAGCCAAUCUACUCGCCGAAAUUCCAACCCAACUCCAGCAAAGGGUCGUUCCACCUCUUUCAGUGUGACAGACUCCUCUUCCAAAUCGACAACCCACGUGUCCUCUCGUAGCAAAAAACUUUCCCCAACAGUCAUCAUCAAGAAGGCAUCCACCGAAAGCACCGGCUCGUCAUCCUCCACGUCGUCCCUCCCCGACACUCCCCAAAGUGCUGCUGGAAAGUCGUCGAGUGCACAUCAAAUCGUCGUGACGUAUCCCAACCAGCAGAUUCACCGAGUUCCGUCGACCAAUGUCUACACGGUGCAAGGUGACGCCAUUCCAUUGCCUGCCGGUGCGUACGAGAUUCACGAGGAACGCAAAAUACUCGUGGGGCGAAAAGGUAGUGGUAGCCGCAAACCCCAAAAAGGCCCCAGCAAUGCGAAUGACAAGGUCCGCAUGGUGUCUCGGGAUCAAAUCAUGGUACAAACAGGCAGCAAACGACAGCUCUUGAUGGACUUUUCCGACAUGGAUCGGACCCAUUCUGUACGAGUCCUAUCGUUGGACCAGUUUGGCUAUCCGACGGGCGUCAGUCGCACCGUUUCCUUGGAUGACGACCAGGACUUGGAAGUGGGGCAAUGCAACAAUGAUGAAGGUUCUGUGGAUUACGAUCACUUUUACUUUGCGGGCUAUCUUAUUUCCAAAAGAGUCUGCUUUGGGUCUGUCAUGUUUGCUUGUAUGGGAUUGAUUUGCUUGAUUGUUGCCAUUGUUUUGGUGGUGGUGUAUGCGGACUUUGGCGGAGACACCAGUACCCGUGUAGACCUUGGCAGUUUGGUUUCCGAUGACACAAUUUACAGCGGGGCGCCCUAAUCGAACGCCGCCUUUUCAAUACAACCGAGAGUAGAACUAGUUUAGAUUGUUGCGGUUUCUAUCAUGACCUUUAGAAGUAACCUGACUUUUAGAAUAAAUUACUGUAGUCCAAGACUUGCUACGUGAAAGAAAGAUCUUAUGGUCUUUGACUGUCUUCCUUCCUCCCUUGUGUCAUUUGCUUUUGUCCUCCUGGAGAAAGAUGCAAGCUAAAAGAGAAGGAGAAGGCUUGGUUUCUUGCAGCUUUGCUGUGUGUUUUUAGUAUUCCGCAUUGGUCCUCGCGCGAU